AUGCCACCCAAGACAAGCGGAAAGGCAGCUAAGAAAUCUGGCAAAGCCCAGAAGAACAUCUCCAAGUCUGACAAGAAAAAGAAGAAGCACAAGAGGAAGGAGAGCUACGCCAUUUACAUCUACAAGGUGUUGAAACAAGUACACCCCGACACCGGUAUCUCUAGCAAGGCCAUGUCCAUCAUGAACUCGUUCGUGAACGACAUCUUCGAGCGUAUCGCCGCCGAAGCAUCGCGUCUCGCUCACUACAACAAGCGUUCAACUAUCACAUCGAGGGAGGUGCAGACCUCCGUGAGGCUCCUUCUGCCCGGUGAGCUCGCCAAGCACGCAGUAUCCGAGGGCACCAAGGCCGUAACCAAGUACACCAGCUCCAAGUGAAGCGUCCACCGACCGACUACAUACACAGGCAGACGACUAAAACAAUCUGCCGUGCGUGUGUGUUCGCGCCAAACGUACA